UCUACUGCUGAUUGGAAGAAUGUACGCCUCUACCAUAAGUGGAAUGUUUAUUCGCAAUGAAAGCAAUCACUCUUCUAUCAAUAACCAUACCCACUCCCAUACAGUUAAAGAACAUUUCCUCCAUAAGCUUGCACACCUGGAUGAAGAUCUGUUCAAGGACUUCUACAUUCUGUGGACUGUCUUAAUGGUCAUCAAUGUUUUGAUUUUUCUAACAGGAGUGCUUCUUAAUAGUCUGGCACUUUACGUAUUCUGUUUCCGUACUAAAGUGAAAACAAGCUCAGUGAUCUACACUAUCAACCUAAUCAUUACAGAUCUGCUUAUGGGGUUAUCCUUGCCAACGCGUAUCAUAAUGUACUACAGUAAAGGUUACUGCCUUACUUGCUCUUUCAUGCAUAUUUUCAGUUAUUUUAUAAACAUGUAUUGUAGCAUACUAUUCCUGACAUGUAUCUGUGUUGACCGCUUUCUGGCCAUUGUGCAAACUGAAAGUUCUCGCAGAUGGAGAAACCGUAAUUUUGCCAGAGGAUUAUGUGUUUUUAUCUGGAUUUUUGCCAUAGUAGUUACAUAUUCCAUCUUGACUACGGCCAUUAGAUAUUCAACUUGCUGUCUGUCCAAAUUCCUGGCACUUGCAAUAUUUGAGUUUUUUCUCCCUUUAAUAAUUAUUACAAUCUUUACUGUACGGAUUAUGUAUGCUUUGGCAAGCCCCAGUCUCAUGCAACAGAGUCGCGAGAAACGCCAGAAAGCUGUCCAGCUCCUUGCCAUAGUUUUGGUCAUCUUCCUCAUUUGCUUCACACCUUUCCAUAUCCGUCAGGUGGCUGUCUUUAUCCACCCAACCAUGCCACAUGAUGUCAGUCUAAUCAUCUACCAUGUGACCGUCACCCUUAGUAGUCUCAACAGUUGCCUUGACCCAAUUGUCUACUGCUUUGUCACUAACAACUUCAAGUCCACCUUAAGAGGAAUCUUCAAGAAGACUGAUCACAAGUAUGUAGACAGCGGUAGCAUGAGCAUGCAGAAGAGCACCAGGAUUUCGGAAGUGUUCACGACUAAUUCGGUGAUGUCAACAAAGAUAACAAAAGCACCCGUUUCUGACAGCAGUGCACUACUGUAGAGGGUGGCACUUGCAGGAUUCAAAUUUCUGAAUGGUGAAGUCAUCUGUUUUGUGGACAAAUUCAUAUUCAUAGCCACACCACUUUUUUUUUCUUGCAUUGCAAAGUUUCACAAGUUGAGAGCAAUUUUAUUUCAGUUAGGAAUAGGAAUAUGUACAAGUCAAAGAACUUAAACUCCCUGGAAGGAUAACAGAUGAAUGAGCUCAGAGAAACUUCAGUUCUUGAAAUGUUUUACAGAUAUGUGUACACACACACACACACACACACACACACACAUAUAUAUAUAUAUAUAUAUAUAUAUAUAUAUAUAUAUAAAGAGAGAGAGAGAUACGUUGGCUUUACAGUGAGAAAACAGUUGAGUAAGCUGAGUGAACCAUUUACAAAGCAUUUCUAGGGGGGGGGUUCUGUUGUAAAACCAUCAACAUAUUAUAUAUACUUAUGGAGGGUGGGUGGAGUCACUCACAUAGAAGUACAGGAAGAUUGACCAAUGUCCCCCCCAAAAAAAUAGAAUGCCAAACAUGCUUUCUACUGCAAUAUUGGUUUGGUAUACUUCCAAUGAGUCUGUGUUCCACAGCUUGUAGUAGAUCUUACAUGAGGAUGUAAUUGGGAACAUCAGUGUUAAAAUAUAUUUCUUUAAUUGUGUUUUGAUUUCAUUAAAUGCAUUGAUUAUAUUGCUUACUCUGGGAAUUUUAUAAAUAAUUUCAUUUUUACAAAAUGUUAAUAGACAACCACCUGGAUGGAGAAGUAAUACUAACAAGUGGAUGAAGAGGCAAUGUUAGCAAUGCUCCUGCCAGUCAAUCCCUGCUUGAAGUCACCUGUAAUGUGAGAUGUGCAGAAAUGCAGCGGUUUGUUUGAUUCUCCUUGACUUCAUUAUAAUUCCUGAAUCAAAGCAUUUCAGAUAAUUGUGCUGCACCUGCAACAUCCAGGGACUGGCAGCACAGCAUUCUUCAGUUAUCUUGGCCUGGAUGUUAAGCAUGAAACGUCAGCAUCACCAGCUGCUUUUCUGGAAGACAUAGCUGUGAGGCCAAAUCAUCACUGCUGUAGAUAGAAUAAUAAUGGCUACACUAUUGGACCUACAAGACGCAUACACAUUUUUAGGCUAUUUUCCACCUUUAUGUAUCAUACACGAAAAAACAGUAAUAUUUAUAGAUGUGCUAGCAGCUUUGUGAUGCAUUCAAGGUAAAAAUGCCCUGCAAAAUGCUUGGCCUCACAGCUGUGAUUUCUACCACUUUGUAUUAUGAUAGUGCUGUAACCUCCCUCAAAACUAUCAUUUUAUUACUCUUCCUUGCUAGAGCUUCCUUACCUGUCUCAUAUCUCUCUCCAACUCUUUCUUCUUUCUUCUCUUUCCAUCAUAAUGUAACUUCCUCCUUCCACUUGACUAUGAGCCUGUCUUACUCUAAAUAUCUUCUGUUGUUUAAUUACUUCUUCAUCCUUCUUAAUUUCUUAAAUCACAUGCACUCCAGCCAUGAUGCAUCACUGUCUUGUUCAGUAACACAACACAUUAAUAAACAUUUACUUAAUAACACAAAGUAUAAAAUAUAUUAAUCUGUUUUGCUGUAUUGGUCUACAGGUCUUUUAGUAUACCACAAGUAAUUGAUUCUCUGCUUAAUAAACAUUCACAUUUAAUUGGAACAACAAUGGGCUUCUAUUAAAUGCUCAACGUCUCUGUUUUUUUUUCUCCAUAUUUACUGUCCUUGCUAUGACUAAACAAUACAACAUUUAAAAUAUUUUAAAUUGACUUCACCACUAAAACAGUACCUUACUCUACUGUGGUGGUUUCACUUUCAAAAAACUUUUGUCCCACCCUGCUGCAGUCUCCAGUUCACUGAUAUCAUCAAGGCCACUGAAUACAGGUAAGUUUUCUGGCCAUUUCUCUCCCCAAACUGACAUCACCACUACCAUCCUAAAAGCCCACCCAUGUUGUGAUGUCACAGCUCCCUGGUUCUUCCCCUACCCAUACAGAAAGUAAAGGCUAGAACAAGUAAACAGUACAUGAGCCAAGUCUCCUGCAGUGAGCUUUCAAUCACAGUAGGUAACAGCUCAAAUUACCCUUUAGCACUUUGACAUCUAGGGAAGUUAGGUGUGAAGGGGAUGGGAGAUGAAUCAAAGUAAUACAAUUCAGGCUUCACAAAAGACUGC